AUGUCCUCUGCUCAUGAUGCCACCACCAAGAUCUCCAUUGACAAGUUCAACGGCGAUAACUACGCGACGUGGAGCCGCUACAUGCGUGGCGUAUUCCUGACCAAGUCGGCGUGGCACGUGGUGAACCGGGAGACCACCCCCACCUUCGCCGAUCCUCGCGCCAGUGACGACUACGUCAAGACGAACAACAUUGCGUUCGUCUUGAUGCUGCUGCACAUGAGCGCAGAUUAUCAUCACGUGGUUGAUGACUGUGGAGAGGCGUGGGUCGCAUGGGCGCGUUUGAAGACGCUGUACGGCGGGUCGCAGAAGGCUGGACGCAUCUACUUGAAGCGCCAGCUGUUCAGCAUGGAGAUGGCGGAAGGCGGCAAUGUGAUGCAUCAUUGCAACGAAGUCCUCAACAUCAGCGCGAAGCUCAGCAGCAUCGGCGCCAAGAUGGAGGAUGAGGACGUGGCGAUCUGCUUGUUGUUGUGCAGUCUCCCCAAGAGCUACGAGAAUGUCGUUCUCAACUUGGAGAUGAGCAGCGCGGAACUACGAUCGCAAGACGUCGUGAGAGUGCUCACGAAUGAGCACAUCAAGAGGCAAGGUGACAAGACGACAUCGGUGAAGACUGAAGACGCGGCGAAGGCGUUCAGUACCGAGCGUGAACCUCGCCAGUGUGCAUACUGCGGAAAAUUGGGGCACACGGCGGAGCGGUGCUGGACCAAGCAGAAGGACGAAAAUCAAGGUGGAGCUCGACGCGGCGGCAACAAUGCUCGUGGACGCGGAGCCAACAACGUUCAGUGGCGAACCAACAACAACAACGACGACAACUACGAUUGA